CUGUUCAACCUGUAGCUUUGGAUAGGACCGUCCGUCCCACGCGGUGGAAAGAGUGUAUCACUGUCACCAUCAUCUUGUAUGCGUCCUAUCAGGCAUUAUGAAACUGAACAUCAUUUACACAUGUAAAGGAAAACCCCUGUGAGGACGAAUACAUUUGGGAACAAACUUUUGGAAUUUACUGAAACUUGGGACCUUUGACAGUUAUAAAGUUUUAAUAUAGGCUGUGAAUUGUUUUGAUACUUCACGAUCAGACAGAAUGUACUCUCAGAAUCUGAUCGUUUUUGUAUUUUUAAAUUCCCUCAUCUUUCUGACGAUGAUGUGCCUCCCACCAGCCUCCGCGCAGAAGUCCAAUGGUCCGAGGUGGCUUAUAGGAGAGAGGGAGAGCCACUGUGCUACUGUCUGCUCCAGGACUCACGGCAAACCUGUUUGUGGUUCAGACGGACACAGUUAUGAUACCAGCUGCGACCUGCAGAGGGCGAAAUGCAAGGACCGCACCCUCACCCUCGCCCACAGGGGGCGAUGCAAAGAUAAAAACUGGGUAAAAAAAGAUGAACUUCCCAUCCUCCCAUCACCUACACUUGCUUCAGAGGGCAAAGAACUGGAAUUAAAAGAAGCAGGCCAAUCCAAGUGUCGAGUGGAAAGGAGCCAGGCUUUGGAGCUGGCAAAGAGGCCACAGGAAUCUACUUUUAUACCACAAUGCAACGAUGAUGGAACAUUUGCCCAGGUCCAAUGUCACACUCUCACAGGGUACUGCUGGUGCGUGACAACAGAUGGCAAGCCAGUCAGCGGUUCUUCUGUCCAGAACAAAACGCCAGUGUGUUCAGGUAACUUCCGUGAAUUUAUGGGAACUCAUGCUGGUACAAGUGGAUUGUCAGGUUCAGUAACCGAUAAGCCACCAGGACAUCCUAGUUCUGGCAGAAAAGUCUCUUUCCGUUUCUUUCUCACCCUAAAUCCAGAUGAUGGCUUCAAGCCUACGCCCACCAUGGAGACACAUGUUGUGUCAGAAGGUGAGGAAAUUACAGCACCCACGUUGUGGAUUAAGCAGCUGGUAUACAAAGAAAACAAACAAAACAGUUCAAACAGUAGGAAACCAGAGAAGAUUCCUUCUUGUGACCAGGAGAGGCAGAGCGCUCUGGAUGAGGCUCGGCUGAACCCACGGGAUGCCAUUUUUAUCCCUGACUGUGGCUCGCUGGGCCUCUAUAAACCUGUCCAGUGCCACCAGUCCACUGGUUACUGUUGGUGUGUACUGGUGGACACUGGACGACCCAUACCGGGAACGUCUGCAAGGUAUAAGAAACCAGAAUGUGACAGUGCAGCUCGUUCUCGAGUCUCAGAUAUGGAGGAUCCCUUCAGAGACAGAGAUCUGACAGGAUGUCCAGAGGGAAAGAAAGUGGAAUUUGUAACUAGUUUGUUAGAUGCCCUUACUACUGACAUGGUGCAAGCUAUCAACUCACCGGCCCCCUCUGGUGGUGGGAGGUUUGUUGAGCCUGACCCAAGCCACACACUGGAGGAACGGGUGGUUCAUUGGUACUUUGCCCAGCUGGAUAACAAUCGCAGUCAUGACAUCAACAAGAAAGAGAUGAAGCCCUUCAAACGCUAUGUAAAGAAGAAAGCCAAACCUAAACGGUGUGCCCGCAAGUUCAUAGACUACUGCGACCUCAACAAGGACAAGACUAUCUCCCUUCAAGAAUUCAAAGGCUGCCUAGGAGUCAACAAAGAGGGUAGUACUACAAGCAGCAGCAGUCAGGGUGCAAGGCAAGGAACCAGUUUGUUCAUAGGUCGUCUGGUUUGAAGACAGAAAGUUCCAGAAGAUGAGGCAGUUGCACAAAGCUCUUUGGAAAGGCACAUGUUCACUGCUGGAAGAGUGAAGGUUUCAGAGUAAUAAUUGAGAGGUUCCUCGAGAAAAACACAAGAUGAAAAAUCAAGGAGCCCAAAUAUUUGCACUUUCUCUACCCAUUGUCAGACAUUGAGUCCUUGUUUGUGUUUUAUUAAAGGUUUUGUUAAUAUGACAAAAAUGUAUAUGUCAGAAAACACCACCCAGUCAGUAUUAUAUAAUUUUGUUUGAUAACACAUAUUUGAAUGACAAAUUCAAAAAUCCAAAAUGUAAAAAUUCAAUUUAAAAUUAAUAUUAAGGUUUGAAAUUAAGUUGUAGAGUAAUCCCUCUGCUUGCAGUUUUGUCAAUGUGCACUCAGCCAGUUUAUUUACCCUUCUGUUAUCCUUGGCAACAGAGCUAAUGGAGCAUUAAGACUGAACAAGAAACGAAGCAAAAUCGUUUCUGUCAACAAACAUUAGCCAGACUUGCACUUUAGGACAAUGGUAAUAUUCACCUAACUAUCACCUAAAAGUUAGCAGUAAGUUUCACAUGGUUCGCUCUGAAGUCAGAGGUCAAAAAAUCGAGCAUACUUAAUUAGUUUUGUAAAUGUCACAAACACUUUGCUAACCUUCAGUGUCAUACAAUGCAUUAUUAAGUAAGAACAACUUGUGUCAACAACUGCAAGAAGAUCUCUAGUUUGUUAUUGUUUAAUCCCUAAGACCUGGCAAUUCAUGAUCAGUAGUCUAUUUAUGAUCUCUAAAAAUAUAUAUAAGGAGCUCAGAUACAAAGGCCUUUAAAUGCCACCUCUGUCAAAAAUAAGAUAUUGAUAUUAACCGGCCUCAGGUCAUUCAAAAAUACCAGAAUCCAUUAAUAAUUAAUUCACCCUUUUUUUCUGAUAAGAAAACAUGUCAGGUGCACUUAUAAAAAGGGUUUUGCAUCUGAACUCUUCAUGUAUUGAUAGCAUUGAUAAAAAAUACUGGCCUCUUACAUAUUUUCUUUCCAGGUGUAGCCAUGUACUGUAGCAACUCCUUUAAAAGACACUAAACAGAAAGUGAAAUGUAGUUUUAAAAUAAUUCCAUGAUACUUUUUGAAGUACCUGGUAUACCAUAUAAACUAUGGUAUCUAAAGAUUCAAUCAUUUGUGUUCACAGUACGUUUCAAAUAAUCGUGGUAUUGCAUGGUACAUGGCAUCUCAUCCAAUAACAUCACUGGUAGCACAGUACUUUUUGUGGUGGUAUAGGGAUUCAUUUUUUAUUUUUAUAUUGAGGUAACAUUUCAACUAGUAACAUUUUAUGUAGUUGUAAAAACUAUUUCGCACACCUUUACACUUUGGGUUAUUGUCCUGUUAGACACAUGUUACAUGAGUAUUUUAUUUAGCAAUGUUUUUUUUCUCUGUCAGAUAAUCAUUUGUGUAGUUGCUGCAAGUGCAAAAGAAAAAAUAAGAAUUAAAGAAAUGACUGAUUGUGAAAGACAUGGAUCAAGGUUAAAGUUAAGGCAUUUACACAUUAUUCAGUUAAUCUUGGAAAUUAUUUUUUCAUCAGUUCAUCAAAUAUAGACAUACAGUACAUAUAUUCACUCCUAACCUUGAUGAAAUGAUCUUUCUAAUUUAGGAAGAAUGUUGUGUGUUGCUCUUUAUGUUUAGUCAUGUAGCCAAUGUUUGUAUGUUACCAGUGUAUGGAAUAAAAUGUGUGCAUUUGUGAAUGUGUGUGUGUGGGGGGGGUAUAUGUGGUUUACAUGAAGAGUGUAUAAUGACACACUCUAAAAAUCGCUGGGUAAUUUUUGACCCACAAUGGGUAAAUAUUGGACAGAACACAUGCUGGGUUAAAAAUUGCCCCGUGCUGGGUUAAAAAUGACCUAAUGUUGGGUUGAUGUUAUGCAACCAUGGGGUAUAAUAACCCAGCAGUUGGGAUAAAACAACCUAGCAUUGGGUCAAUGUUAACCCAUUUGUUUGUUCUGUCCAAUCUUUACCCAUUAUGGGUCAAAAUAAUAACCCAGCCAUUUUUACAGUGCAUGUUUACUAUGCUAUAAACAUGCUUUACGGGGACACAGGAAGAGUCCCCAUAAACUGAACAGCUAAAAACACACUAAAUGGUAGUUUUUUAUAGAUUAAAGACUGCCAACAGGUUUUGUGAUGGUUAGGGUUAGGGACUGGGGUAGGUUAGGAGAAUAGAAUAAACAGUUUGUACAGUAUAAAAUGCAUUGCGUUUAUGGAAUUGCCCCAGUAAACCACAUAUGCCAACAUGUGUGUGCGUGCAUGUUUCUGUGUAUAUGUGUGAGUUUAUAAUUGUUGCCUUUUUUCCUAUAGACAUAUACUUUUAUAGCCAUUAUUUUGGCUGAAAAAGUAAAAGUGUCAAGUUGUAAAUAUUUAUCAUAUGUGAUUUUGGUAUUUUCUCCAAGUCUUAAUACAAUGUUUAGCAAAUUCUGAAGGCAAUUUCAACAUCAAUUUGAAUAUAUUUUAGGGUAAAGUUUGUAAGUAGCCUGUUGCUCACAUCAUAACAUUGCAGUUUGAAAGUCACAAUGUAAAAUGAAAGCCAGUGACAAUACACAUUUUAAAAAUAAUUUCUAAUUGUGUCACCUUUGUCCUUUUAUUUACAUAAACAUUGUAUUUUGCUCAAAAUUUAAGUUUGAAUCAAAACCUUUGCACAAAGGAAAAAAUCAUCUUUCAGACUUUUUGUCUAUAAUACAGUUUUAAGGCUUUAACAUGAGAUUAAUUAUUAAAAUACUGUAUGUGAAUGCCAUUAUUUUUUAAACAUUAGAUUCAUUAUUUUUGUUCUGUAUGAUUUCUAAAAAGCCUACAGAGUGCCUGUUUACCUCUGUUUUUAUUAAUUUAAAACUUUUUUUCAUUAAAUCUGAACAUUCUUUGUGUAAUGAAGGAACAAGUGAAAUUUCACCCAUUGGAGCAUUAAUGUUAUUUCGAUCCAUGCAUUUCUUAUUUUGGUGCAGUUGAGAAUGUUUCUCUUUUCUAAAUGAUAUGAUUAACAAUUGCUAUUGCAUAAAUG